AUGGAUGUCUAUGGUCGGGUAUACAGGAUUGUUGAACCAAAACGUCAAAGACUUCAACAGGCUGAAGAAGUAUUACGUGAGAAACAAGCACAAUUAGCAGCUGCCCAGGCUAAACUUGAUGAAGUCAAUGCUGAAAUGCGUCGACUACAGCAAGAGUAUAAUGAAAAGAUGGAACAAAAAGAAGAACUACGCAGAAAAGCUGAGCAUACAGAGAAAAUGUUAGACAGAGCAAGUAAAUUAGUCAGUGGGUUAGCUGGUGAAAAGAUAAGAUGGGAAGAAAGUGUUGCUGACCUGUUACAACGUAUUGAAUUACUACCUGGGGAUUGUUUAUUGUCUGCAGCUUUCUUAUCUUAUAUGGGUCCAUUUUUAAGUGAAUAUCGUGAGAAAUUAGUGAAAAAUUGGUUAGGAUUAAUUAGAAGUGAAAAUGUACCCGUUACAGAUCGAUUCAUUUUCACAGACUUUUUAGCUGAUCCAACUCAAGUCAGAGAAUGGAAUAUACAAGGUUUACCACGUGAUAAUUUCUCAGUUGAAAAUGGUGUCAUUGUAACCCGUGGUAGCAGAUGGCCAUUGAUGGUCGAUCCACAGAAUCAAGCAUUGAAAUGGAUCAAAUCAAUGGAAGGAAAAGACUUGAAAGUUAUCGAUUUACAAACACCAGAUUAUAUGCGUACACUAGAACUUGCAGUAUUAUAUGGUCAACCAGUAGUACUUCAAAAUGUUCAUGAACAAUUAGAUCAAGCUCUUGAUCCUAUAUUGACAAAAUCUUUGAUUAAAGUUGGUGGUACAUUGAUUAUGAAAUUAGGAGAUAAAGAAAUUGAAUAUAAUGAUAAAUUUAGGUUUUAUAUUACCACGAAAUUGCCCAAUCCACAUUAUACACCAGAAAUCUGUUCAAAAGCUUUAAUUGUAAAUUUUGCUGUAAAACAACAAGGAUUAGAAGCUCAACUACUCGGUAUUGUAGUACGUAAAGAACGUCCUGAAUUAGAAGAACAAAAAGAUAAUUUAGUUAUGGGAAUUGCUGCAGGUAAACGUAAACUCACAGAAUUAGAGGAUGAAAUUCUACGAUUAUUAAAUGAAGCUCAAGGUUCAUUGUUAGACGAUGAACAACUUGUUAAUACACUGCAAACAUCAAAAACUACUUCAUCUGAAGUAACUGAACAAUUACGCAUAGCUGAAAAAACAGAAGUACAAAUUGAUAAAGCUCGUGAAGGUUAUCGUCCUUGUGCUGAACGUUCAUCAAUCUUAUUCUUUGUAUUAAAUGAUAUGAGUCGUAUAGACCCGAUGUAUCAAUUUUCCUUAGAAGCUUAUAUUGAUUUAUUCACUUUAAGUAUUGAUAAAAGUCCUAAAUCAGCAAAAUUAGAUGAUCGUAUAUUACACUUGAAUGAUUAUCACACUUAUGCUGUAUAUCGUUAUACUUGUCGUGGUUUAUUUGAACGGCAUAAAUUAUUAUUUUCAUUUCAUAUUUGUUUACAAAUAUUAGAAGCAGCUGGUAAAGUGAAUCAAGAUGAGUAUAAUUUCUUUUUACGUGGUGGGGUUGUAUUAGAUCGUGAAAAUCAAUUUGAUAAUCCCUGUACAUCAUGGUUAACUGAACAAUGUUGGGAUAAUAUUACAGAAUUAGAUAAAUUAGCUAGUUUCCAUGGUAUUGUUACAUCAUUUGAACAAUAUUCAAGAGAUUGGAAUUUAUGGUAUACAGCAGCUGAACCAGAGAAUAGUCCAUUACCAGGAGAAUGGGAUAAUACCUUGAAUGAAUUUCAACGUAUGCUUAUUGUACGUUCACUGAGACCAGAUCGUUUAUCAUUUUGUGCAACAAGUUUUAUUGUGAAUAAUUUAGGCAGUCGAUUUGUUGAACCACCAGUAUUAGAUAUGAAACAAGUAGUUGAUGAUAGUUCUACAAGAACACCGCUAAUAUUUGUCCUGUCACCGGGUGUAGAUCCUACGGCUGGACUUUUACAAUUAGCUGAUAAUUGUGGAAUGGUUAAGAAAUUUCAUGCUUUAUCCUUGGGUCAAGGUCAAUCACCAAUAGCAACAAGAUUAAUUAAAGAAGGUAUCAAAGAAGGCAAUUGGGUAUUUUUGGCUAAUUGUCAUCUAUCAUUAUCAUGGAUGCCUGCAUUAGAUAAGAUUGUUGAACAAUUAGCUAUAGAAGAACCACAUUCUGAUUUUCGUUUAUGGCUUUCAUCAAGUCCAAGUCCAGCAUUUCCUAUUUCUAUUCUACAAGUUGGAAUAAAGAUGACUACUGAACCACCGAAAGGAUUACGUGCAAACAUGAAACGAUUGUAUCAUCUUGUAAAGGAGGAUCAAUUUUCUUCAUGUCAAAAACCAGAGAAAUAUAAAAAACUUCUCUUUGCAUUAUGCUAUUUUCAUUCUAUUCUACUAGAGCGUAGAAAAUUUUUAAUGCUUGGCUGGAAUAUCCCAUAUGAAUUUAAUGAUUCUGAUUUUGAAGUAUCUGAACAUUUGUUAACAAAUUAUUUAGAACAAUACGAUGAAACAGCAUGGGAUGCACUGCGUUAUUUAAUAGCAGAUAUUAAUUAUGGUGGUCAUGUAACAGAUGAUUGGGAUCGUCGAUUAUUAAAUACCUAUAUAGGUGAUUAUUUCAAAGAAGAAGUGUUGAAAGAACCAUUCUACAAGCUAUCAUCAUUACCACAUUAUUAUAUACCAAGAGAUGGUACGCUGAAUGCUUACAGAGAAUUUGUCUCUUUACUACCACAAAUUGAUCAUCCUGAAGCAUUUGGUCAACAUCCAAAUGCAGAUAUUACUUCACAAAUUCAAGAGACAAGAAUGCUGUUAGAUACACUGCUUUCAUUGCAACCACAGACAUCACAAGGUACUGGUGUUUCACGUGAAGAAAAAGUACUUGAAUUAAUUGAUAACCUUCAAAAGCAAUUACCUGAAGAUAUUGAUUAUGAAGGCACUGUGAAAAUAUUUGCAACAGAUCAUUCACCACUGGUAGUUGUUCUACUACAAGAAAUACAACGUUACAACCGUCUUCUUGGUUUAAUACGUAGUCAACUGUCAGAUUUAAACAAAGGUAUUCAAGGCUUGGUUGUUAUGUCCUCAGAAUUGGAGCAGAUAUUCACUUCAAUUUUUGAUGGACAUGUUCCAGAACAAUGGAGUAAGACAUAUUCUUCAAUGAAACCAUUAGGUUCAUGGUCUAGAGAUUUAGCCGCUCGAGUGGAAUUAUUCGCUAAAUGGGCGCGUACAGCACAUCAACCAAAAUUAUUCUGGAUUGGUGCAUUCACUUUUCCAACAGGUUUUCUUACAGCUGUUCUACAAACAGCAGCAAGAAAGAAUAAUGUUUCUGUAGAUAGUUUAAGCUGGGAAUUUACUGUACUAGCAACAAGUGAUGCAAAUGUAUUAGUUGCACCAAAAGACGGUGUUUAUAUUAGUAAUUUAUAUCUACAAGGUGCUGGAUGGGAUAGAAAAAAUUAUUGCCUAAUUGAAGCUGCACCAAUGCAAUUAGUUUGUCCAAUGCCUGGUGUACACUUUAAACCAGUUGAAAAUAAAAAGAAAUCACCUAAAAACAUAUACGUGGCUCCGUGUUACUAUUAUCCGAACCGAGCUGGUACAGCAGAUAAACCUUCAUUUAUGAUUGGAGUUGAACUGAAAACCGGUGAAAAACCACCAGAACAUUGGACGAAGAGAAGUACUGCACUCUUAAUGAAUCUAGAUGUUUAA